AUGGCCUUCACAGACCUGCUGGAUGCGCUGGGUGGCGUGGGCCGCUUCCAGCUCCUCUACACGGCCCUGCUGCUGCUGCCCUGCGGCCUGCUGGCCUGCCACAGCUUCCUGCAGAACUUCACGGCCGCCGUGCCCCCCCACCACUGCCAGGGCCCGGCCAACCAUACCACCGCCACUGCCAACCACUCCAGCGCCUGGCUGCAGGCCACCGUGCCCCUGGACCGGCUCGGGGUGCCUGAACCAUGCCAGCGCUUCACAGAGCCUCAGUGGGCCCUCCUGAACCCCAACACCUCUGUCCCCGGGGUGGCCACGGAGGGCUGCAAGGACGGCUGGGUGUACGACCGCAGCGUUUUCCCAUCCACCAUCGUGACAGAGUGGGACCUGGUCUGUGAGGCCCGUACCCUCCGCGAUCUGGCUCAGUCCAUCUACAUGGCCGGGGUGCUGGUGGGUGCCGCCGUGUUCGGCAGCCUUGCAGACAGACUGGGGCGCAAGGCCCCCCUGGUCUGGUCGUACCUGCAGCUGGCGGUUUCGGGGGCCGCCACGGCGUAUUUCGGCUCCUUCAGCGCCUACUGCGUCUUGCGGUUCCUGACGGGCAUGACCUUCUCCGGCGUCAUCCUCAACUCCCUGUCACUGGUCGUGGAGUGGAUGCCCACCCAGGGCCGCACCCUGGCGGGCAUCUUGCUGGGGUUCUCCUUCACCUUGGGUCAGCUCAUCCUGGCUGGAGUGGCGUACCUGGUCCGCCCCUGGCGGUGGCUGCAGUUUGCCGUCUCUGCUCCUUUCCUGAUCUUUUUCCUCUAUUCUUGGUGGCUGCCAGAGUCCUCCCGAUGGCUCCUCCUUCGCGGCAAGUCCCAGUUAGCCAUGCAGAACCUGCGCAAGGUCGCGGCGCUGAACGGGAGGAAGGAGGAAGGGGAGAGGCUGACCAAGGAGGUGGUGAGCUCCUACAUCCAGAGUGAGUUUGCAAGGGGCCACACCUCUAACUCAGUCUUGGACCUGUUCCGAACCCCAGCUAUCCGCAAGGUCACGUGCUGUCUCAUGGUGAUCUGGUUCUCCAACUCCAUGGCCUACUACGGACUGGCCAUGGACCUGCAGAAGUUUGGGCUCAGCCUCCACCUGGUGCAAGUGGUGUUCGGGGUCAUCGACAUCCCGGCCAUGCUGGUGGCCACCGCCACCAUGAUCUUGGUGGGCCGCCGGGCCACAGUGGCCUCUUUCCUCUCCCUGGCUGGGGCCAUGGUGAUCGCCAACCUGUUCGUGCCGGAAGACAUGCAAACCCUGCGCACGGCCCAGGCCGCCCUGGGCAAAGGCUGCCUGGCCAGCUCCUUCAUCUGCGUGUACCUGUUCACAGGAGAGCUGUACCCCACGGAGAUCAGGCAGAUGGGGAUGGGCUUCACCUCAGUGAGUGCCCGCCUCGGGGGUCUGGCGGCACCCCUGGUCUCCACGCUCGGGGAGUUUAGCGCUGUCCUGCCACCCGUUGGCUUCGGGGCCACCUCCAUCCUGGCCGGACUGGCCGUCUGCCUCCUGCCUGAGACCCGCGACCUGCCCCUGGCGGAGACGAUCGAGGCGAUGGAGAGGAGAGUCAAGGAAGGCUCUUCCAAGAAGGAUGCACAAGAGAAGAGUGAAGACAUUUCUCUUCAGCGGAUGGGAGCCUCUCCCCUCAGAGAGACCAUCUAA